AUGACAUCGUACACCCCAGUGAAGGCGAUCUUCAAACCAUCACAGCAACGUGGGCGGGAUGUAGCUGUGUAUGUACUUCCAGAGGAUCCCGAUCUUUGCAUGGAAUUCAGUUUCAAAAGGUUUAACAGUCAAGGGGAUAUCGCUAGUUAUGUUUGUACUGCAUGUCGGGCAUUAAAGGACCGAGCUCCUCGGUUAUACGGAGUUGUUCCUACCGUCCGUGUUCAGAAUGGUUAUUUCGUGAACGAUCCCACACGUACAGAGCAUCCCCACUUUUGUGAACCGCGAAAUUAUCCACGUUCUAUGAUGCGCAGAGAAAUCAUUGCUAAAUUUAAUCAAAUUCGAGAGAAUUUGGAUGAUGCUGGCACUCCCGAAGAGGUAGAGGAGGACUUGUUGCAGGCUAUAAACAAACCAGAAUAUGCACACUUCGGCGACGAGGAACGCCAGGAGAUGGUAAAGCAGUUGGUGAUGGGUCACAUCGGUGGACGAGAUACCCUGAGAAGCAUGAUUCGAACGAAUAAAAAGGCGAAACGGAGGCGUAGCCAGUUCGAAUUCCCCGAAUCCGCACCACCACCGCCACCAGUGAAAUUCGCUCGAACUAUAAAGCAGGAGAUCCAGGAGCCUUCCCACGACUUCGCUCACCAACGCACGUCAUCAUCGCCAUUGCAGCCAUCACCGCCAUUGCCACGGGCUCAUACACUCAUACUGAAAGAGGCCCACUGCAGCAAACCAGCCAUGACACCGGCACCAACUCCGAGUUAUCUCGGAACAGCUCAGGGUUUUUCGCAACUUCUGACCAGUGAUUCGUCAAAAUCUACGGGCUUAGCGGCCAUUGAAACCCUACUUACAGCACUCGAAAAUAGCAGAGCUACUACUGUAAACGAACUGAAUAAAGAGCUCACUGAGAUCGUAAAUGGAAUGGCAAGAACUGAUCACAGUUCGACGUCAAUACGAAGUGCUAGCGACCUGUUUCGAAGGUUUAUAACACUCGCUCCCGCCGAACUCCUUGAUCAACGAGAUUUCUCAAAAGUUUUGGCUUUCUACCGGCAGCGGGGAAAGAUUUUCAUUGAACGAGUCGGAAAGUCAAGAGGGAUGAUUGCGAGACAUGCUAGACCAUUCUUCAGGAAUAAUAUGAACAUAUUGACACAUUCAUACAGCAAAGUCGUACUUGAAGCUCUAGUCACAGUUCACAGGGCAGGAACAAUAGUCCACGUUUGGGUAACGGAGUCGCAACCUGAUGCGUCUGGGCGAACAAUGUAUGAUGCACUCCGAAAAGAAGGUAUCAAAGCGACUCUGAUUUUGGACAGUGCUGUAGGAUAUCUAAUGGAACGAAUCGACAUGGUCGUCGUUGGUGCAGAAGGUGUUAUGGAGACUGGCGGAAUAAUCAAUAAAAUCGGGACAUUGAAUGUAGCUAUAUGCGCAAAGACAAUGAACAAGGCAGUAUUUGUAAUGGCUGAGAGUAUCAAAUUCGUCAAAGAGUAUCCAUUGAAUCAAGCAGACAUUCCUGAAGAAUUUAAGUACCGGACAUCAGUAUUGGAAAGCGGUGAUCUCUCUAUAGAACACCCUAUGGUUGACUAUACACCACCUCAGUACAUCAAUCUACUAUUCACGGAUCUUGGUAUCCUGACACCAGCUGCGGUUGGCGAGGAAUUGAUCAAGUUGUAUACGUGA